CCGGCAAGAGCUGCUGCUCGCCACGAGUCGUCGAACAAAGACACCGACGACUCUGUUUACACCGCGAGCAAAACGAGAUCCACCGAUUGUCACGAUUCUACGGUUUCUUCGGCGACCUGCUGCUUCGACCGAGGCGGAAACACGUCCCUGCGUUCUUCGGACGCCGAUCGUUUCGCGAAGUAAACGGACACUCUGCACGGUCCACGUGACGCGAGUUUCGUAGUGGGGAUUCGUCGAAUUUUGGAGGAAAAAUUCGUCGUACGAAAAUAAAUUUCGAUCGACUGUAACGAGGUUCGUCGGAUGGACACCUAACCGAGCCGAAUUAGGUGCCUCCGUGUGUCGGGUGCGAGUGAAUCUACGAUACAGUGAUUCUUGAUCGGCGUAUUUAUUUUUUAGAAUUUCUAAGAUCAAGAUUAAGGUUUGUCGUUUUUAAAACUGUGUCGCGAGCUUAAGAACCACCGCUCUGGAAGGAUGCAAAGCGGUACGACCGCCUUCGAUACAGUGAUUCUUAAAUGUCGUGCCCGAAAACGGCUACAGCUUUAACAAAUUUCUAAGAUCGUUGCUAUAAUCGAGCAAGGCUAUCGUCUUUUAAAUCGUGUCGCGAGCUUAAGAACUAUUGCUGAAAGAUGUAGACGAUCCCGGUAGACGAACAGAAUAAAUUCCCGUGGUCAGCGAUGCUAAUCGUCGUUCCCAGCGAAGGUAUCAGUCGCAGUUAGGAUACCUAGGUAGUCGAGGAUGUUCAGUUCGUUGAGAUUAACGAACAUGCGCUCGCACAAGAACCGCGCCAGGCCGGAAAGCGUGGCCACGUCCGCGAGUUCGGACUCGGCCCGAACCGACGAGAUCUCCGCGCAACUUUAUCAUCCGCACAGUUUCCUGUUGCUGGACGAUCAGGAUGGGACUGUGUCCGCCCCGUCGAGCGUGUCCUCGAAGGUUGCACAGAUCAGAGUCGAACGCGAGUGCGGAAGCCUCGGAGUUACCCUCAGAGGCGGGGUUUCGAGAGCGUUGGUCGUCACCGGUGUGAAAUCUGACGGACCAGCGGCGAAAGAGGGGAGGGUCAGGCCUGGUGACCGGCUAUUAGCCGUAGACGACACCGAACUCAGGGGCCUGACGCUGGCGGAGGCCCAGAGAGCUCUCAGGAGGAGCUCCGAUGCACCGGUUGCUUCCCUGACCAUCGAGUACGACGUCGCUAACAUGGAGGAAGCUAGAACAGCCACUUCUGGCCCCCUCCUGGUGCAGAUCGAACGAGGACUCUCGGGAGAACUGGGUUUAACAGUUCGCGAAACACCAAACGGAGUCUACAUCGAGAGCCUGCGGCCAGCAAGCACGGCGGAUCGCUGCGGUGCACUGCAACCAGGGGACAAACUGUUAGCCGUCGACGAGACUCCGGUCCAGGACGCCGUGACGGCAGCCAAGCUGCUUAGGAACAACUUCGACGCUUCUCGAAUCGCCAGGUUGCAGAUACUGCCCAGGCCUCCGAGUGCCUCUCAAAGAACAGUGAAGAGGAGGGCGCAGCCACAGGCGCAGCAGACCUCAAAUCAGGCCCUUCAGACAAAGGAGAGUCUAACCGUGGUUCUGAGACCCGAUCACAAGGGUUUUGGUCUAGCCUUGAAGCCCGCGGACGAUCGUCUGAGCUAUUCUGUCAGCUUGCUGGAGGCUGGCGGCCCUGCUGAGCGCAGCGGCGUUCUUCUGCCCGGCGACAAAGUGUUGGCGAUUAAUCGUAGAAUCCUGAGGGACUUACAGUCGACGGAAGUCAGCAACAUACUGGAUACCUCGCAAGUGAUCGAACUGAUGACGGAGUACAAGGUCGGUGGACCGGUCGUACCCAGCUCCGGAGUGUUCACUGUGCGUGUGGCGAGACCAGUGGGUGGCCAGCCGGAUGUGGGUCUAACGGUGAACGAAGAUCUGAUCAUCACGGAAGUCCGUAAGGGAUCGUUGGCUUACAGGACCGGAAGUUUGGCACCUGGGGAUAAACUGCUGGCGAUAGACGGGCAGAAACUGGACCCGGGUGACCUGAGGCAAGCAGCGCAGUUACUGCAUCGACCUGGAAGCUCCGUCGUUGCUUUGACCGUCAGGAAACCGGACCCCGUUUCAGAGACUAGAGAUUAUUGCAGGGACUCCAGCAUAGGAAGCGACACGGCUCAACAGUAUCCUACUGGAAUUCUGCGACCAGCAAGGGAGAGUCUCCCAAGCGUGGACAGCGCAGUGGAUUCUUGGGGAGAGUUGGGAGAGAAUAGUGGAGCGGGUCCAGAAAUUUUGAGGCUCUGGGAAACUGCCUCGGUGGACAGUGGUCAACUGGAUCUACCUAUGCCACCUUUUCCUGGUCCACAGGAACGCAGCAACUCCGACAGACCUCAACAGAUCGUCCACGUGUCGCUGCACAAGGAUCCAGUGUACGAAGAUUUUGGGUUUUCGGUAUCGGACGGUUUGUACGAAAGGGGAGUUUACAUAAAUCGUUUGAGACCCGGCGGCCCCUGCGACGGUGUUCUACGACCUUACGACAGAAUUCUUCGGGUAAACGAGGCCAGCACGGAGGACUGUGACUGUUGUCUGGCCGUUCCACUCAUCGCUGCGGCCGGUCCACGUUUAGACCUGACCAUAGCCAGACCAGUGUCUCCUCUUAAUAUUAUAAAAACUCUGUAGGACAG